GACGGGUCACUUCCGGUGUAUAUACUUUGCCUUGUUUUGGCAUCUGUAGCCUCUCAGUUUAGCUUUAACUUCAGUCUCGACCCGUUGAAAGUUAUUUCCAGCCGCCAUGUCUCGCGGCUCGACUGCAGGGUUUGACCGCCACAUCACCAUCUUCUCCCCGGAGGGAAGACUGUACCAAGUCGAGUAUGCCUUCAAAGCCAUCAACCAGGGAGGACUGACGUCCGUCGCCAUCAGAGGGAAGGACUGUGUGGUGGUGGUCACACAAAAGAAAGUUCCAGACAAGCUGCUGGACUCCAUGACAGUCACACACCUGUUCAAAAUUACAGAGAAGAUUGGCUGCGUUAUGACUGGAAUGACAGCUGACAGCAGGUCUCAGGUGCAGAGGGCGCGGUAUGAAGCGGCCAACUGGAUGUAUAAAUACGGCUAUGAGAUCCCCGUGGACAUGUUGUGCAAACGCAUGGCAGACAUCUCGCAGGUCUACACACAGAACGCUGAGAUGAGGCCUCUAGGCUGCUGUAUGAUGGUGGUCGGGCUGGAUGAAGAGUUGGGUCCGCAGCUGUAUAAGUGCGACCCGGCCGGCUACUACUGUGGCUUUAAGGCCACGGCAGCUGGAGUCAAGCAGACGGAGGCCACCAGCUACCUGGAGAAGAAAGUCAAGAAGAAACUGGAUUGGACCUACCAGCAGACCAUGGAGACGGCCAUUUCUUGUCUCGCAAGCGUUCUGUCCAUCGACUUCAAGCCCUCAGAGCUGGAGGUGGGAAUCAUUACCACAAAAGAUUCGCGAUUCAAGAUUCUGUCAGAGACUGAAAUCGAUGUCUACCUGGUGGCUUUGUCUGAGAGAGAGUGAGGAAAGCUCUGAAAAGGAGGAACGGCAUCCCCCCCCCUCCCUCCCACCUCCUCCACACACCAGGUCUCUCUCGUCCCAGAGGGAAGAUUAAUGAAGAGUCGGUAUGAUCUUGUUCAGAAUGGCCGGUAUCGGGGUUGUGGGGUUGAAGACACGCAAAAUAAAUUCUGGUCAGUCCACCAUAUGAAGCAUCAUUCCCACGGGCCCCUUUGGAGCGUGACCUGAGCACAUCGGAAGAACUGUCUGGGGUACCUCUCCAGCACGAGACCUCUUCAUUCCUCUGUCGCGGACUUUGUUGUCCAGCAGCUUCUCGAGUGACGGCCAACAGAGCUUUCAAUCUCUUCUCCUCGGGGAUGUCGCGACGUGCAUCUCCCCCCGUUUUCUAUAACCGACUCGAAAGUCUCCCCUCGCCCCCGACUCUAGUUUCAGGGAGAUGUUGACGCGGGGGGGGGGGGGUUGGAUUUGUCCUAUCACAGACGGUUGUCAUUGUCACACCCUCAUUUAGGUUCGCUCAGGUCAACAGGAAGCCCCUGAUUAUAUCACCCCCUCCACAGUGUCUCAACCCCCCCCCCCCCGGUCUGCUGCCACUGAUGUACAUUACUGCACUUCUAUUAAAUGCAAUGUUUUUACCGAA